CGCUCCCGGAAGCAGUUGCCGGACGUCAUGACGUCGCCGCUUGUGACUUGACGAAAUGGAUCCGAGAUCAGCUCGCGGAGGAUCCGAGAGUCGGAGGGUUUCCACCGGAGGAUAAAACACACACACCCCCCCCGCAGACACACACUCACACACAGCCGCAGGUUCGAUCCCGCAGCAGCAGCAGCCAACUCACACACCGCGUGAAAUGAAGAGCUCGGUAGGAUGAACAGCAAUCAAGAUGAUGAGUUUGUUGCAGUGCGGGUCCAAGAUCCCCGCAUUCAAAAUGAAGGCUCGUGGAAUUCACAUGUGGACUUUAAAAUAUUCCUGCAUACCAACAGUAAAGCCUUCACAGCCAAGACGUCCUGUGUGCGGCGGCGCUACAGCGAGUUUGUGUGGCUCAAGAAGAAGAUGCAGAAGAACGCUGGCUUGGUGCCCGUCCCAGAUCUUCCAGGAAAAUCCUUCUUCUCCUUCUGCAAUGAGGACUUUCUGGAGACGAGGAGGAACGGACUUCAGGCCUUUCUGGACAAAGUGGUGAACAUGACCGUGUGCCUGUCGGACAGCCAGCUCCACCUCUUCCUGCAGACCCAGCUGCCGGUCGGUCACAUCCUGGACUGCGUUCAGGGCCACACCCCGUACUCGGUGACCGACGCCAUCCUCACCUACGCCUCGUCCAACUGGGGCUUCGCUCAGGCUCAGGAGGAGGAUUCCAUCAAGGAGCCGAGUUUGACCGUCUCUUAUGAGUCCAUGGAGAGUCCGGCUCCUCAUCAACCAGUUCUACAAGCUACAGAGACGCUCAGGCCCGAGCCGCUCUCCUGUGGAGACUCUGACCCUCUGGCAGAUUUACUGGAGCUCCGUGAAAAGGACCAGACAGAGUUACAGCCCGAGGAGGAAUCCUCCAUAACCAUCUGCCAGAGGAGCGACCAUCUAGAGGCCGUGGUCGAGUGUGAAGCAACAGAGGCCACCUUCUACCUGGGUGACAUCCAGGACGAGAGCCUCGCAGAACAGACCCAGCAGAUGAGCUGCCAGAUACAGACACCAGUGGAGGUGCACUCGCCCAUGGGGACUGGUUUCCAGAAGGGCUGUGAGGUGGUUUGUGAGCUUGAGAGUGCAGAAGAAGAGGAAGAGGAAAAAGAUGUGACUUUAGAUACAGAAGAAAAGACUGUUUGCCUUUCAGAAGUGGAAGUAAAGACCGAUCAGCUGCUCAGUCCUGAGGAGACACAUAUAGAAAAUGUCGCCUGUGAGCCAGAACAAUGUAUAAAUCCUGAAGUAAUAUUAGAUUUUAAAGACAAUGACUGUGAGAAUACGAUCAUAGGAAGUAGUGGCAGCUCUCAGGAGGAGGUUCUGGAAGUCGUCUGCUCUGAGAGGCAGGUUCUAGAAAACCACGUCACCUCUGAGCUAAACCACGCUGACGCCACGGAGGGUCAAGUUCCACACGUCCGCUGUGAGGAGGAGUCAAAGAAAUCAGACAGCGAAGAAAGUUCUGAAUCUGAGAGCGAAGAGGAGACGACACCUCAGUCAAAAAUCCACGUAGAAACUGAGGAUGUGAAGAGCGUCCCAGAGGAGGACAGUCGCAGCGGCGUUCAACAACUGGACCAAGUUGAACAGGAAGUGGAUUUAGUGGGGACCAAGGAUGACAGCGACGAGGACACGCACUCGCUGCCGUCCUCUAACGAGAGCAUCGUCAAGGUCAGCGACGAGGAGGAGAGCAUCUGUGACGACACCGAGGAGUCGAUCCAGGCUGUGAACGGCUUCGUGAAGAUGUCCGACGUGGACGCCUCCAGCCGGAACAUCUUGGACCUGCAGAUGAACGGAUUCCCUGUGGAAAAAGACGAGCUACACUACUUCACACCUCUGGACCUGAACUCCACCGAAGCUGGUGGAGACUUGACUGAAAGUGGAGACUUCAGCGUCCUGGAGAGCAGCUGCGUUCCCGGAGCAGCCGACGCUAAAUGUGCGGAGGAGGAAACUCUGGAAGACUCACGAGGUGCAGGUGAAGGUUUAACAGCUGCAGUGACACCCGCGGUCCACGAGGCGGCUGAGGGACACGUCCUCUAACAAAGACUCAGUCACACACAGAUUAACGAGGUUCAUGGGCGGAGCUGUUCAGAUUGUUGUGUUUACCUCCUGAUCCGUUAGAGUCCGACGAGGACAGAGACGUAAGAUAUUUAAGAAACCACUCAGACGUUAGGCUCAAGUUGUUUUUAAAAUAGAGUUUAUUUAAUUUUAAACUAUUCUCUUCUUUUAAACUCAGGUACACUAAACACUGGCACCGUUUUUCUCCUCUGCCGUAAUGAUCGGGAUGGUUCCCCCCCCCCGCUCAGGUUUACAGAAACAGACGAGAUGCAUCUGGUUUCCUGAUCAGAAGCUCGAGGUUUUAUUGUUGUAUAAACAGAAAGUGAAUAUUUCUAGAGCUGAAAUUACUUUAUUAAAUUAUGACAAACACAUUUGAAUUAAAGGAUCAGUUGUAAUUUACUCACGUGAGGAUUUGAUUUUUUUUUGGGAUACGCAAUGAAAAUCUCUGGGUUUUGGACGGUUGAUCAGGUCAUGUGACAUCACCGAGGUCUGUGGGAAGUUAAACCAGGCAUGUUUCACCAUUUCCUUCAUUCAUAGACAAAAUUAUUAGUGAGUUGAGGAACAAUAAUCAGCAGAUUGAUAAGUGGUUGCAGCCCCACUUUCACAGUAAAUACAUCUGCUGUGCUGUGUUGCCCAUAAGCAGGUUCCUUCCUAACGCCCGCGUCUCACUGGAUGUUUUUACAGCACGUGGCGGCUGCGUCGCUGAUCCUGCUUUAACGAUAAAAUCCUCGUUAAGCAAAUAAAUGGAUCGACAGGAAACGCUCGAGUGCUUUUACUUAGAUUUUCACGGUGAAUCGCACUCACACCAGAGACCUGAGAAGCGGCUCGUGGCUCCAGUGGGUCCCGGGCGUAACGUGAUGCAACUGGAAGUGACAGUGGACCAGUCAGUUCCAGUUACCUGCCAAGAGGCUUCAGUUAGAGUCGUCUCAACAGACACUCGACCGAAUGGGGGGGGGGGAGGAAGGAAGAAAUAACGUUAACAGAACAAAGCACAGAUAAAUAUGGUUUGGUUUCAUGAACAAUUAUCAGAAUUGAAUCGUUAAUCGACUUAAUUUACAUCGAGACACUCCCACAACUAACUUCUGGAACACGUUCAGUUCUUUCACUUUAUGUUUCUGACUCAAGACACUGGAGUUCUCUCUGUGAACGGACUUAUUUCACGUCACAACGCACAACGCGUCCUCUUCUCUAACUAAACCACAGUUGAAUAAAGGUGAGCGUCACUGGUUUUGAAUAAAAGCCACACUGACGGGAGUCUAACUCACUGGGGAGCAGUGGAUUCCACGUGGUUCCCUCACACUACUGCUGAGUCUAACUCAUUUAGAUGCUUUUAAAAAGGGACGCACAGCUGGUUGUACCAUUUGAACCUUCAAGCUUUCACUGUUUCACUGUUCAAUGCUCAUAAAUGUGACUAUAGAGGUACAGUAAUCCUAAACUGGGGGAUUUCCUGUUGUUGGAUUGAACAGAUCUGAGUUCAGAUUUCCUUCUACACUGUAAAUGAGUUUGGAGACAAAGCCACUGAUUCUACAGAGACUUGUUUCAUUACAAGGACGAUGACAACCUGAGACGUGUCCAUGUAAACAUAGAAAAUAUAAUUUACUUUAUUUCAAAUCGCUUGUGUUUCGUCUUUAUUGUGUCACGUGUGACUUUGUGUAUUUCUAUCAACACACAUCUCGUGCUUUUAAUACACGAUGUUGGAGCAAUCCUGACCCCUAGUGGGUGGAAAUGGAACAAGAUUAAUAAUAAAACUGAAUUUAAACAGUAAA